CCGCUUCCGUGUUUGUGUGAUCAGGGAGGGCAACACAGAGGAGCGGCUGUCUCCACUGUUUCAUUCAUACAGAAGAGUAGCGAUAAGCAAAAAGCCAGCAGGGAAAAUGCCGAUUGAACUGAAACAUGUAUUCGCCAGUCUCCCUCAAAUGGAGAGGGGAGUUGCAAAGGUGAUUGGUGGAGAUCCCAAAGGAAACAACUUUGUCUACACCAAUGGGAAGUGUGUCAUCAUCAGGAACAUUGACAAUCCGGCUGUUGCAGACAUUUACACUGAGCAUCCUCAUCAAGUCACUGUCGCUAAGUACGCCCCCAGUGGAUUCUACAUUGCAUCUGGAGAUGUGUCGGGAAAAAUCCGAAUCUGGGACACCACCCAGAAGGAGCACCUCCUCAAGUACGAGUACACCCCUAUUUCAGGGAAGGUCAAGGACAUUGCGUGGACGGAGGACAGCAAGAGGAUUGCUGUUGUUGGUGAUGGACGAGAGAAGUUUGGUUCAGUGUUCCUGUGGGACUCUGGCUCAUCAGUAGGAGAGCUUUCUGGCCAUUCAAAAUUAAUCAACAGUGUAGACAUCAGACAGAAACGCCCUUACCGCCUUGCUCUUGCCAGUGAUGACUCCAGUGGAUCGUUCUUUGAGGGACCCCCAUUCAAGUUCAAAUUCACAUUAGUGGACCACAGCCAGUUUGUCAACUGCGUUCGUUUCUCUCCAGAUGGAAGCCGAUUUGUCACAGCUGGUGCUGAUGGUCAGAUAUUUGUGUAUGAUGGGACAAAGGGUGAACGUGUUGGGUCACUGGGUGGAGAAAAGGCCCACAGCGGAGGAAUCUAUGCUGUCAGCUGGAGCCCUGACAGUUCCCAGCUGAUUUCAGCCUCAGGGGAUAAGACGGUGAAGCUGUGGGAUGUUGGUGCAGGUACUGCCGUCACCACCUUCAACAUGGGCUCUGAAGUGACYGACCAGCAGCUGGGCUGUUUGUGGCAGAAAGACCACCUCCUCAGCAUCUCUUUGUCAGGAUACAUCAACUACCUGGACAAGAACAACCCUGACCGGCCCAUUCGCAUCAUCAAGGGUCACACAAAAUCCAUCCAGUGUCUGACGGUUCACAAAAGUGAAGGCCGAUCAUACAUCUACUCUGGGAGUCAYGAUGGACACAUUAAUUAUUGGGAUGCAGAGACUGGGCAGAAUGACUGCUUCAAAGGGAAGGGCCACAGCAACCAGGUGAGCAAGAUGGUGACUGACGAAGCCGGACAUCUGGUGUCAUGCAGCAUGGAUGAUACGCUACGCUAUACAGACCUCAACAAGAAAGAGUAUAGUGCCUCUGAUGUGGUGAAGAUGGAUUUUCAGCCUAAAAGUGUGUCUGUAUCAGUGGGAGGCCUCUCACUGGCUGUGUGCAUCGGGCAGCUCGUCUUGCUGAAGGACCAGAAGAAAGUUUUCACUUUGGACAAUCUUGGCUACGAAGCAGAGGUUGGAGUCGUCCAUCCUGGUGGCACCACUGCUGCAGUUGGAGGAGCAGAUGGAAAGGUCCACCUGUACUCCAUCCAGGGCAACACUCUGAAGGAGGAGGGUAAAACUCUUGAGGCUAAAGGGCCCAUUACUGACAUGGCCUAUUCUAAUGAUGGAGCGUAUUUGGCAGUCCUCGAUGAUAAGAAAGUAGCCACCGUCUUCAGCGUGGCAGAUGGAUAUUCGGUAAAGAAUGAGUUUUACGGACAUCAUGCCAAACCAGUUACUUUGGCCUGGUCCCCUGAUAAUGAGCACUUUGCCACCGGUGGCAUGGACAUGAUGGUGUACGUCUGGACGCUCGGUGAUCCUGACAAGAGGAUUAAACUUCCAGAUGCUCACCGUUUGCACCACGUCAGUGGCUUGGCCUGGAUAGAUGAGCACACUUUAGUCACCACCUCCCAUGAUGCCAGUGUCAAGCAGUGGACAAUUACUUACUGAGCUCCAAGCAAACCUUCACAUCUGCAGGGACAAGGACUACUGUAGGAGUCGAGCUUCGUUUUUUUUUUUUUUUUAUGUACUGUCCAACAUCUAAACACUGUUCUAUGCUUUCUGUAAACAUCUGAAUUGUAAAUGGUUAACUUUUGGAAUGACUUCCAGAUUGUCCGUUUUAAUGCAAUUAAUCUAAUUGUGCACAAACAAAAUGUUAAAAUGGACUUUGUGACCAUGAGUGCUUUUACACCUCAUUAACCAUUCCACAGUUCUCCUUGUCUCUAGUUAGGAUCAAUGAGUCCUGACUUGAAGGAGGAACCAAAAGCCUUUUUUUAAAUAAAUGGGCUGAAUAUUUGUUUUAAAGAAAUGAAACCUCUUGGUUACAUUCCUUAAAUGAACAGAAACUGGUCCCAGUUGCAGCUGCGAGGCAUUUUUCUGUAAGAUUUGACGGGGGUGAGUGUAUUUAGCCGCCUUUUUUUUUUCUCUCUCUCUCUCUCUCUCUCUCUCUCUCUCUCUCCAUGCCUCUCUUAAUUCACUACUCUUCCCGUUAGACUGGGGAGCAAAUAGGAACUGAAAGAACAACAAAAAUUACAAUCAAAAUGCUGUUUUUCAGAGGUCUUGUAUGAUUGCUGUGCAUUUGUUGGCUUUUUUUUUUGUCUUCAUGCGUUUUCUUUCAGACUGGAAGUGGUUCAGUAAUAAUAAAAUAACUUUUUAUGCACUAAUCCUUUCUUGAGCACAUUUUUAAUCCAUCCUGUUUUAUAACAUUUAGGUGUGUGCUGAUCUGUAUCUGUUGUUUUUGUYAAAUAUGGACUAAAUCAGGGCCACAAAUGCCAUGUUAAUCUUUUUAUUCCUUUGAACUGUCCAAUAAAGAAAUAUGAAAAAGUA